UUCCUCUCUCUAGUUCCGGAAUUUCUACCAUCUUUGCUUCUGGUGCCGUGAUCUGUGCAAUUUUCGGCGGCUCCUCCAGUUCGGAGCCCGUGUCUCGCCGCUCAGCCAUGGCCGCCGUCCGCAGGUCCCGCUCUGACUCCCGCUGUGUCCUGCGUUUCUCCGACCGAGAACUGUGCUGAACCUCGAGAAGACGUGCCCCGCCCAGCAUGGCGGAAGGUGAUGAGGAUUCUUAUACUGACAGCCUGAUGUCUAAUGAAAAUGGGAGACCUGGAGAAACAAAUCUUCAGGAAGAGCUGCAGAUGUUUAGAGCUCGUUGGAUGUCUGAACUCACACCAGGAUUGAGCUCUGGAGGGCUUGAAAAUCGGCCUUGUAAUGCAGCAGCUAGAGGGCCGGUGGGAAAAGUAUCAGAAACCAAAGCAAAGCAGGAAUUGGCUAAAGAGGCGAAGGCAAGAGAACUGUUUCUUAAGGCAGCAGAAGAGGAACAAAAUGGAGCUCUUUAUGAAGCUAUCAAGUUUUACCGUCAAGCAAUGCAGCUUGUGCCAGACAUUGAAUUCAAAAUUAACUAUACCUGGUCUCCUGAUGGUGAUACGAAAAACUUCUUGGAUGAUGCCAAUAAUGACAGCAAAAUGGCUGAUCUGUUAUCUUACUUCCAGCAGCAACUGACGUUUCAACAGUCUAAACUUUGUCAGCCAGACAUUGAUGUCACUCAAACUCAUAUCUCAGUGCUCCCAAUGGAGGUGCUGAUGUAUAUUUUUCGCUGGGUGGUGUCCAGUGACCUUGAUCUCCGAGCACUGGAGCAACUUUCCUUGGUCUGCAAGGGCUUUUAUAUUUGUGCAAGAGACCCAGAGAUCUGGCGGCUGGCUUGCCUAAAAGUAUGGGGCCGAAACUGUGUGAAAAUUGUCCCCUACACCACUUGGAGGCAGAUGUUUCUGGAAAGACCACGGGUUCGAUUUGAUGGGGUAUAUAUCAGUAAGACCACUUAUAUACGUCAGGGAGAGCAGUCUUUGGAUGGUUUUUAUCGUGCAUGGCAUCAAGUGGAAUAUUAUAGGUAUUUGAGAUUUUUUCCUGAUGGACAUGUGAUGAUGCUGACUACACCUGAAGACCCCCAAACAAUUGUUCCUCGUUUACGGACGAAAAAUGCGAGAACUGAUGCAAUGCUGCUUGGCCACUACCGCCUUUCUCAAGAUACAGACAACCAAACCAAAGUAUUUGCUGUAAUAACCAACAAGAAAGAGGAGAAACCAAGUGACUAUCAGAAAUAUCGUUAUUUCCGUCGACCCCAAGUUCAAGAAACAGAACGCAGCUUUCAUGUGGGUCUACAGCUUUGUUCCAGCGGACGUCACAAAUUUAAUAAGCUUGUCUGGAUCCACCAUUCUUGUCACAUUACUUACAAAUCAACUGGAGAGACGGCUGUUACAGCAUUUGACAUUGACAAGAUGUACACACCAAUGUUCUUUGUCCGUGUAAAAAGCUUCACUGCUGUAUCAGAAAGGCCUCUUUAAAAAUGCAUUAUUCUUGCAUGUAUAAUAAUAUUAAAAAAAAAAAGCAUUGAAUAUUGGGGUUUUUGGAAUAUGCGGGUUGCUUUAAUUGAAUGAAAUAACUACGCAGAGUUUUAUUUGACUGAAAACAGCCGUUUCUCUAUUGCUAAGGUUAUUUUUAGAUUGUAUUCAUUUUGCAAGAAUGUUCAUUUAUGUUCAUACAGCUUACAGACUGUUGUUUUAAUGUAUAUUGGCCCUUCAGAUAUGUUUGAAAAUAUAUUUAAAGAUUUAUGGUACCAUACUUGCACAACUCUUCUUGCAUAAAAGAAUGUUUUACUAAUAGAUGGUUAAAUAAUUUUUGCUGCCGUUUAGCUGUACCUUUCACUUCAAGUGGAUAUUUGAAAGAAAAUAAAAAUUCUUAAACAAACCUGAA